CUUAAAUUCGUACCCAAUCGACUUCCUGACCUUGCGACUUGCAGACUGCCAGUAGCUACCAACGUUCAUAAUGCCUGAACAACCUUCACAAGAGAUGCAUCAACAUAAAAUGACUGUACAGAACGCAGUCAAUGCAGUUAUCCGCCAAAUUCGCGGCUCUGAAAAGGACUCUGAAGCACAUCAGGUUUUGAGAGAAUAUAAGGGUAAUGUGCAUGGCGGCGGAUCUAAUCGGCUGAAUUCGACUCCGACUAUAGAGCAUCCGUCAAACACUGGUGUAAUUUAUGUGAUGGACAGGGCAUCCAAGAAAGGCUGGUCAUCUGAAGAUAAAACUUGGGGAAACUUUGGGCAGGGAGCGCCCGAGGUCGGUCAUAUUGAAAAUGCGCCAGAGAAACCAAUGCAAUUGCAUCUCAAGGAGGAGGAAUUCGAAUAUGCACCCGUGUCUGGGGUCAGAUCCUUAAGAGAGGCCGUCGCAAACCUCUACAACGUCCGUUAUCGACAAGGAAAACAAUCCAAAUAUACUCACGAAAACGUGUGCAUUGUUCCCGGAGGACGAGCGGGUUUGACAAGAAUUGCGGGCGUGAUUGGGGACGCGAAUGUCGGUUUUUUCCUGCCAGAGUACACUGCAUAUGAGCAACUUUUAGGGAUAUUCAAGCGAUUUGUACCUAUCCCGACACCCCUUCAUCCUGAGACUGGAUUCCAUGUGUCUCCCGAGUUUUUACGCCAGGAGGUAGCAGAUCGUGGCCUAGGCGUCAUCGUCUGCAGCAAUCCUGCAAACCCCACUGGACAGCUGGUUGAGGGAGAUGAGAUGAAAGAAUGGAUUCGGAUAGCAAAAGAACAUCACACUACAUUAGUGCUGGAUGAGUUUUACAGCCAUUACAUUUACACCAACGGUCCAGAAAAUUUUGGACGAACAGUGUCCGCUGCGGAACACAUUGAGGAUGUGAACAAAGAUCCCGUAAUUAUGGUGGAUGGUCUCACCAAAAACUUUCGACUUCCUGGUUGGCGAGUAUGCUGGGUAAUUGGACCGCAAGACGUUAUCUCGUCCUUGUCAUCUGCUGGAUCGUUCAUGGAUGGAGGGGCGAAUCAUGUACUUCAACAAGCGGCCAUUCCCCUUUUGGAGCCCGAACGUGUACUUUCAGAUGCCAAAGCGCUGCAGAGACAUUUCCUCGCCAAGCGGAACUAUGUGAUUGGACGAUUAUCACAGAUGAAUUUGCCAGUUAUUAACCCGCCGAAGGCAACCUUUUAUAUAUGGCUGGAUUUGCGCCCACUGCCGGAGCCCCUGAACAAUGGACUCGCCUUCUUUGAAGAAGCAUUGGACGAGAAAGUCAUUGUGGUUCCGGGCAUCUUCUUUGAUAUAAAUCCAGGCCGCCGACGUGAGCUUUUUGACAGCCCUUUCCAUUACUACAUUCGAUUAAGUUUUGGGCCUCCCAUGGAUCAGCUUGUGAGAGGCCUUGAUGGAAUUGAGCGAUUAUUGAUCAAGCAUAAGUUUUUGAUGGCACCUGGAUCAAUUGGCUAGAAUAUUCACCGUGUAUAUACGUAUUUUGCUAUGGGGAAGCAGAAAGAUCUAUUUUUACAUCA